AUGGAAUCAACAAUACGUGAUGGUAAAGAAAUAUAUCAAAAAUCUGAAAAUUACUGGUCUGCCAUUAAUUCAACAGUCAACGGAAUGUUAGGAGGUUUUGAAAAAUUACAUGGACCUGAUGUAGAAGAUUCUAGGAAACUUUUAACAAACCUUCGGUCAAAAAAAUUAUUUUCACAAAUGGAUAGAGCUUUAGAUUGUGGAGCUGGAAUAGGUAGAGUAACAAAAUAUACAUUAAUGCCAUAUUUUAAAACAGUUGAUAUGGUGGAUGUUAUUGAGUCAUUUAUAGAAAACUCAAAAAAAUAUUUAGGAAGUGAUGAUGAAAGGGUUGGAAAUAAAUUUAUAUGUGGUUUACAAGAUUUUGUUCCUAAUGAAAAGUAUUAUGAUUGUAUUUGGGUUCAAUGGGUUACAGGAUAUCUUACUGAUGAAGAUUUUAUAAAAUUCUUUCAACGAUGCAAAGACGGGUUAAGAGAUGGAGGUUGUAUUAUUGUUAAAGAUAAUUUAGCUUCUGGAUCAGGUGUUGAUUUUGAUGAAGAGGAUAGUAGUUGGACAAGACCAAAAGAGUACAUGGAAAAAUUAUUAACAGAUGCUGGAUUAACUAUUAUUGAAAAUAAAAAACAAUUAAACUUUCCUAAAGGAAUGUAUGAGGUCAGAAUGUUUGUUUUAAAACCAACAAAAUCGUUGACGCAAUCUACUUCAUAA